AUGACCGGGAGGAAAGACGAUGGAGGUGCGGUCAAGAAGGCCCUCCGCCAGAAGCGAAAGGUCCGCUUCGAGGACCAAGUCAAGGACGACACGCCUCGUUCUGACUCGAAAAGACGCAAGAGCUCGUCGUCGUCAAGACAAAACCCAUCACCUCUCUCCAAACCCGACCAGCUCGCCGCGUCCCCGCCCCCCGAGCCGCCCGCCGACCUCACGCCGGCCGAACAGCGACGCCAGGCCGAGCAGGAGCGGCGCGACACGGCCAACGAGCAAAAGAGCCCCGUGCUCCCGACGCCGCGGGCCAUCCGCGAGGCGCACAUCAAGAAGGAAUACGCGCCCGACGACCGGGCCACGGCGGAGCUGGCGGCCGGCAUGCUCAACCUCGUCAGCCUCGCGGCGCGCAUGAGCGCGUUCCCGCCGGGCGACGCCGGGCGCUACGGCGCGCUCGGCUACAUCAUCAAGCGGCUCGACCGGCUCGACCUCGACGGCGUCGACGCGCGCGUCACGGACAUGACGCCGGCGCAGGCGGCGGCGGCGGAGCGCGACGUGCAGGCGCGGCUGCGCGAGGGCCAGGCGCAGCAGCGCAAGCUGUUCAAUAUGAAGAACACGAAAAAGUACGCCGCCGGGCUGCGCAGGUUCGUGGCUGAUCCGCCGGCGUACCGGCGCGAGGUCGCGGCGCGGUGCGCGCGCAUCUUCAUCCACGACAGCUAUGCGCGGGCGUUUGUCAAGUGGCUGCGGCAGCUGGACCGGGCGGCGCGUCUUGAGUGUCGGUACUUCCAUGCGGUGAACUGGGAGCCGCGGAAGGUGACGGAUGGAGAGACGGAGGUUUGGGUUGUGUAG